AUGAAAUUAGAGGCUAUGCAAGAAAUUGAAAAAUUCUAAAAGAAUUAUUUAUUUGAUAUUACUUUUAAUACUAAAGGAUUAGUCAAACUCUUAGGAUAAGUCAGUUAUGUUUAUGAUAAUCAUGAUCUAAUAUAAUCUCCAUAGUUUUAAGAAAUUAUUAAAAGUUCCAAAGAAAAUUUAUACUAAUUUUAAAAUAUUAGAGAAUUAGCCUUGCUAUUAAAUUUCUGCUUCAAACAUUAAUUAGGAGAUGAAAAUUUAUGGUUUGCUACUUAUUAACAUUUACUCAAUACAUAAUCAUAAAUUUAAGCAGAAGAUUUACUUUUAAUUUUUGAAUCAAUCAAUGAAACCAACAUAGAAUACCUUAAACCAAUCUUUAAACUAUUUGAAAAUAUCAUUUUAGAGGAAGUAUAAAGAAAUAAUCAUAAAGUAACUAUCAAAGCACUUUAAAUUUAUCGUAAAUUUUAACCAGAUAAUAAUAAUUUCUUUUAUUCCAUUAAAAAAUAGAUCAUAGAUGCAUUACCUCAAACUCAGACUGAUUCAGUCCUUAAUUAUCUUAGAUAUUAUGGUUUAGGCAAUGAACCUAUUGAAGAUAGAUAAGAAAUACUUAAUGCUAUCAUGCUUCAUUUAUAUAAGAUGCAUAAAUUCUUAAAUAAAAAAUAAUUACUCUAAGUUUAUUAUACAUAUGUACGAACUUAAUUAGGAUCUGAAGUAUUAUAUCGUUUAAUUGAAGAUAGGGUUGCAUUAUUAAUAGAUGAGUUUUAAUUAAAUGAAAUUGAGCAAUUGUUAAUUAUAGCAGCUAAUUAAAAGAACUAUACUAUGUUUAAAUAUGCUGAAAGAAUUCUCAAAUAAAGACUAUUUGAUUGCAAUCCUGCCGAUAUCGUAUAAAUUUCUGUUCUAUUUAUUGAAAAUAAUUAAGGAACAUCUGAAUUUAUUGAUUCUUUAGAAUAACAAUUAAUCUAAGCUAUUUAUACAACUGAUGAUAUCACAGAAUUACUUUGGGCUUUAGUUUAAAAAUAACAUAAUUCUAGAUGGAUGGAAAAGAUAGCUGAUGCAUGUAAAGAAAGAGUGCCUAAACUAUCUGUUAAAUAGUUGACUUCAAUUGUUUGGAUGACAAGCGAUUACUUCAAGAGAUUAACCAAUAAAUUAAAGCAAUAAUCUAAAUACAUCGAUUUAUAUGAAUUAAUUGAAAAACAUUUAAUUUUAUAUUUUGAAGAAGGAGAUGUUAAAAAUAGAGAUAUUGCAUUAGUUAUGAAUGCAUAUAUACGAAAUAUACCUAUCUCUUCAGAUUUAGUUGAUUUAAUGGAAAUCUAUAUUCUGAAUUCAACUGAAGAAGAACUUUAGGAAUUAGAUGGAUGGAGUGUCUCUUAAAUUAUUUGGGGUUUUAGUUAAAUUGAAGGUAAUUAUACAAUUUAUCCUAGAAUAUUAAAAUUUAAAAGACUUAUUAAAUUUUAUCCUUAAAGUAACCAUUGAAUGUAUAGGAGAAAUGACUAUUGAUGAGCUAUUCACAGUUCUGAGAGUCUAUGUAAAUGAAAAAUAAGAGACUGAAGAAAUGAUCACAUAAGCUAUUGAAAAAACCAAUUUCUGGAUUGAUUAAUUAGAUCUUAAUCAGGUCUAUUUAGGAAUACAUAUUUUUACUAACACUACUUUUACAAAGUAAUUGUUAUAUUUAGAUUUAUUAGUCUCCAAGGAAUUAAUGAAUUGAUUAAAAAACUUUUAGAUAGACUUGAAUUCUUAAAAUCCAUUAAACCAUAAGAAGAUCCUAAAUAAGAAGAAGAAAUAGACCAUGAGAAAGAAUAAAAACUCAGGUUAGAAGUAGAAAAAUAUAAAUAUUCUUGAUACUAUUAUGAGUUGUUUAAUAAAUACCAAAAGAG